AUGCUUUUCCUCUACAUCCUCGGCCAUCUCUUCCUCGCUGUUUCUGGCCUGGCCAUCAAUCCUACACCACUGGACUCUACCUUUUCGGUUUCAACUAUCAGCAUCAACAACACUCCUGUCGUCUCCGCAAUUCGACCGGAAGUGUCUCCCAAACAUGGCCGAAUGCACGACCAUCGUAUGAAAACCAGCGUUCCUUCCUACUCGUCUACAGAUCCUUCACUGGUUUCCGUAAAAGCUUGGGAUCCGAACAGGGUUGCCACUAACGAGCAACUCGCACAUUUUGCAACCAAAGGCUCCGCUCUACGGUGCUUAAUGGAGGCGACAGACGCUGAGGCAGGGAGGUCGUGGCCUGACCCUUUGGGACGCACACCGUAUUCCGCCAGUAGUGCGUGGAAGGGAACACUGGAGAAUGAGCUCCAAACCUGGUUCUGGCACGAAGGGUUCUUCGACCAAGACAACUGUUUCUUCGGCGACGAUGACCCAGAUAAUUCAAUCCUCGAGCGCGCGCACAUUCAAACGGCGUUGGAAUACCUUGGCCUGAGCAUUUUACCGGCGGCAAGGGGCGGCGACAAUAUUUGUUACAGUGUCGAGCACUUUGACGAGGAUGCCGAGGAUGAAGACGGCGAUGAGGUGGAGUUUGAAAACCAGGAGUAUGUGGCUGAUGGUGAGGUUAGACAGGCAACAGGCGCCCACUACCGCUUCGGCCUCAACCACCAAGGCGGCACGAUCUAUAUCCAACAACUCCUUAACCCUUCAUCCGCCGCAACCCUGUUCUGGGAAGAUGACAGCCGGAUUCCCGACGCGCUUCCCGCACUACGCCACGCCUCGGACAUCAUCCUUGCGUACUGGUUGCGCCAGAACCCCAAUCCACAGGGCCUCAAAUACUUCUUUGUAAAUAAUCUGAUCAACGACGCUACGGUGCUACUGGUGGCGGCAAUAUUGAAGAAGAAGGGGUUCCAGCAGGUGCCGUAUUGGCCAGGUGUUGUGCUAGAUUGGAAGAGCGGGGAGGCUGCGGUUUUGAUUGGUUCCCCGAUCGGUGCAAUCAUCGCCUUCACGCUGAUCCAGCACAAACUCGAACUCAACGACAAAAGAAUCACUCAAGUGGUAAUUUUCCGAGAUGAUAAGCAGAAUAAUGAUCCGGAAAUACAGCUCUUGUUCAAGAUUGGGGACGUAGACAUGUCAGUCGCGUCUAAUGCUGAAGUAGAUACUCUGAUCAAAGGGCGAAAUAGAGGCGUAGUCAGAGCCGUGGAUGUGGCAUUGGUAAUUCGAGACGAUCAGGUCCACGGCCUAUCAUUCCAAAUACGAAAUCAGUGCUAA